AUGGCCGAUUACGAUCGUCGAUAUCGCGGUGAUGGUGGUCGUGGAGGCUACAACCCAAGGAAGCGCAGGUACAAUGAUGACGACGACUAUGGCCGAAAUCGCGGUGGUGGCCGUAGACGCCACGACGGCAGCUCCCACGCACCUCCCUACAUCCGGAUACGAAAGCAGCUUUUGGGCCUUGCCGAGUCGGCGGCGCGUAAGUGGCAUGAGGAUGUCGUCUCUGUUUCGCGGCUGGUCGUAGAUAAUUAUGACGAUGAAUUCGUGCGCAACGGAUUUCUGGACCUGGUGUGUCAGCUCGUGGUCGAGCAGCCACUCAAAACCCCCUUCGUCGCCGCCGUGGUCCUGGUCACAAACACGCUCAAGUCUGAGCUUGUUGCGGAGUUGCUGGUGAGGGCGGGCAAGGCCUUGGAAACGGCCAUCACAGCGGGCGAGUGGCGCGAGGUCAAGGCGCUGCUGAAGCUGCUGGCAUGCCUCCAGACAUGCCUUGAGGGUGAAGGCAUCUUCCCUGUACUGGACGAGCUUUUCAACCGUGCAGUUGACCUGCAGACUGCGAGCUCCGAUGAUACCAUUGGUAUCGAAUUGGUCAAGAUCAUCCUCCUGACAAUCCCAUACAUCAUGGCUGCGGCACCUGGACAGUGGACAGACAAGGCCGCCGAGUUGAUGGACAAGACAGACGUCAUCGCCUCCGAAGACCACCCAAUGCAAAAGCUGGUUGACCCAUACUGCCCUGAGGCGGGUGAGAAGGAUGUGGAGGCAUCGCCGAGUCUGCUUAGCUUACUCCAGAAACAACUGCAGGCCGAAGCGGGCAGUGGCUGGGGCCUUGAGUGUCUGCCGCGGCCGUGGAAGAUGCCCCUAGAGGAAGUCGAGCAGCAGUCCAAGUUGGACGACUGCCCCAAGCACCCUCUGCCCGCCAUAUCUGUCCCCGAGACUAUAGUCGCGGGCAACCGACCGCUAUUCCCUGAGGUUUCUAUCUCCAUCUACGCUGCACAGGAUGUCGCCUCAGUACCCCCAGACACGACCAUCGCAGCCUCGCUCAUACGCGACGCCAUUCUCGAUACGAUCAACACGCUGCACUACAACCGCAACGUAGUGGCGCGGUUUUUGAUUGAUAUCGACUGUUAUUUCUCAAACGGCACUUUCGUCAAACGCGCUACGCCUUUUGAUCGAUUGCGAGACGUAGAGGCAGGCAAGUCGACUUGGAAGCCUGAAGACGUAGUUGUGGACGCCGUAUUCUCUCAGAUCCUGCAACUACCCAGGCCGGAACACAAGCUGGUCUUCUACCAUUCUGUCCUAACGGAGACAUGCAAGAUCGCUCCAGCUGCCAUCGCACCGAGUCUUGGUAGGGCAAUUAGGCACAUCUACCGUAACAUUCCGCGCCACGACCUGGAGCUGAACCACCGCUUCAUCGACUGGUUUUCACACCAUCUGAGCAAUUUCGGAUUCACCUGGAAGUGGGUCGAAUGGGUUGACGAUGUAGAGUUGCCCGCUCUACACCCUCUCAAGGCUUUCAUUGUCGGUGCUCUGGACAAGGAAAUUCGAUUGAGCUUUGCGCAACGUAUAAAGAAUACUGUACCUGACGAGUACAAGUCGUUGAUUGGUCCCGAGAAAGAGAUAGACGUUCCGGAAUUCAAGUACAAGAACGAUGAUGUUCCUUUCGCUGCUCAGGGACGUGAGAUAGCAAAUCUCCUCAAGAAAAAGGAGCCGGAUGAGGCCAUCCAGCCCUUCAUCGAGGAGAUCCAAAACGGCGCUGUCGACCAAGGCCUCGAUCCUUUGGUUACCAGCACCGAUGUUUUCAUGACAGCAGUUCUUGCCGUGGGUAGCAAGUCCUUAUCGCAUGUGCUUGCAUGUAUCGAGCGAGUCAAGGACCGGCUUCUUGAUGCCGGAGCCGCAUCGGUUGCGGCGCGGAUACAGGUGAUUGAGGCCGUCAUGGCAUACUGGUCUGCCCACCAAGGUGUGGCCCUUUCCAUCGUCGAGAAGCUGCUCAACUACGCCAUCCUGACACCGGCCGUCGUUGUCGAGUGGGCCGUCGGCGCAGGGCGGGGCGCAGUUACUGCCAUAGAGGACGACGAGUCAAGGUUGGCGCAGGAUCACAUCUAUGAGCUCGUUCUCAACACUGUCCGCAAGGUUACUGGCCGAGUGAGGCAAGUUGCCAUGACCAAGGCGCAAAAUCCGGAUGGUGAUGUUGCCAUGAAUGAGGACCAGGACGGCCCCGAGGUCAAAGAGAUGCGCGAGCUGUUUCAGCUUAUAGAGAACGCACUCGCAGCAAGGGCAUCGUCGCUUGCAAGCAACAAGCUACUUGCCCGCCUCUGGGUAGAUCGCUGGCAGCGGGCAUUCAAGAGAUGCGCGGCCAUCGAGGAGAACUUUCUGAUCGAGGUGGAGAAGAAUCGGAAGAAGCAGGCGGCCAUUGCUGCCGCUGCACCUGCCUCUGAUAACAAGCCCGAGGCCAAGGAAGGCGAUAUUGCGUAA